ACUUCCUGUCUCACAGUAUUGAAGGCUCAGACGUGCAUGCUGUAUUGUCACUGGGUCUGUGAGUAUCUACGAACGCCGUUACAGCUGUAUUGUCACUGGGUGUGCACCGUGAGUAUCUGUGCUACAAGAGGAACGCCAGUCAAUCUAAUGGAACCACCAGGCGCACAACAGGAAAAUAUUAAAGGACCUUGAACUUGGAAUCUGAAGGAAACCCUGCCGUUCACCAGUUCCUGCAACAACAAGCACCGCCAGGGAUGGCUGGAGAAAACCUGUACAAUGUUACGGACGACAUCCCAUCCACUUGGAGCAUCGUUGAAACCGUCGUUCAGUGGACGACGUUCUCCAUCGGUUUUCCUCUGAUCUGUCUGUCCAUUUAUGCCAUGUACUUCCUGGUCAGAGCUGAUCACAUCGCUCCAGUCUACGUUAUCAACCUUCUUAUUGCAGAUCUCAUUCAGAUCUGCACGAGGCCGUUCAACCUGUCUGGUACCUGGAAAUUGAUUGUGAUGUUUAUUGAAUUCUUUGGUAUUAGUGCGAGCAUUGGUUUCAUGGUGUGUGUUGCUCUGGAGAGAUAUCUCGUGAUUGCAUUUCCUCUCUGGUACCGUUUUCGUCGUAACAUCAAAUACUCGCUCAUAAUGUCCUCCGUCAUCUGGGUUAUCCCUUUCCUCCAAAUCUCCAUGUUAUACCUCACGCCGACUCUCGAUACGAAGCUGAUUCUGUUUGCGGUUAACCUCCUCAUACCCUUUCCAUUGCUCGUAUUCUUCCUCGCGGGCACGUUGAAAGCUCUGUCCGUCUCCGUCUCCGUGCCGGCUGUCGAACGGAGACGGAUUAUUGGUACCCUGGCCCUUGUGCUGGGCAAUUACACAGUCCUGUUCUUACCCCUCAUCAUACAAUAUCUGAUAUCAGGGGUGACAGGCCGUCACAAUGUAGAGAUCGGGACACUCCUUGAGAGAUUCAGCCCCCUUGUGGAUCCCUUACUCUACGUGUUCAUGAGAAAGGGAGCGAAGGACACUCUUGCCUUCCCCUGCUUCGACAAGCUGAUGGGUGACGAGGAGCAGAGCCAAGUCACUAACACUAUGACCAUGACUGAGAGUGUAGUAGAAGGCUCCAGGUAGGACAGAUGCAGGGUAAUGGACU